AUGGGGAUACUCGAAGACGACAAAAAUAUUUCGCCAACAGUGGUUCAAUAUCCUCAUGUACGUCUGUUUGAUGCAAUCCGUGGCGGCGAUAUGAAAUCUUUAAGAGGUACACUGGACGGAAUUCAAGAUAAAAACUUGCAGGAGCUAAUGACUCAAAGAUGUAACGAAACUUAUCAUAUUCGACGCCCGUCCUCCGCCCGGGAUGUGUAUAUCCAUAACGCCACCCCGGUGGUGGCCGCUACUACCGGCUGGUACCCAGACGUCCUGGAGCACUUGGCAGCCCGCAAGUACGGCCUGGACGAAGGGUGUGCGGUAGAUGACACCACAAACAGCCCGGUAGCUUACGACAAGGUUACUGCUCUUAUGAUAGCAGCUAUGAGCGGUAAAUUACGCAUGGUACAAACUUUGGUCAACAACGGGGCAUCUAUAAAUCUACAGAACUCUCUGGGGGAUACGGCUCUACUAGAGGCAUGUUUCGAAGGGCACCUGUCGGUGGUUCAACAUCUUGUUGAGGCAGGGGCGGACAUGCAUGUUACCAACCAACGCGGCGUAAGCAGCUUAAUGCUGGCUGCAUACGCGGGAAACAAACAUGUUGUUGAAUACCUGUUAUCUAAUGGGGUUGAUAAACAGCAAACUGAUAAGCUUGAUAAAAACUUGCAGGAGCUAAUGACUCAAAGAUGUAACGAAACUUAUCAUAUUCGACGCCCGUCCUCCGCCCGGGAUGUGUAUAUCCAUAACGCCACCCCAGUGGUGGCCGCUACUACCGGCUGGUACCCAGACGUCCUGGAGCACUUGGCAGCCCGCAAGUACGGCCUGGACGAAGGGUGUGCGGUAGAUGACACCACAAACAGCCCGGUAGCUUACGACAAGGUUACUGCUCUUAUGAUAGCUGCUAUGAGCGGUAAAUUACGCAUGGUACAAACUUUGGUCAACAACGGGGCAACUAUAAAUCUACAGAACUCUCUGGGGGAUACGGCUCUACUAGAGGCAUGUUUCGAAGGGCACCUGUCGGUGGUUCAACAUCUUGUUGAGGCAGGGGCGGACAUGCAUGUUACCAACCAACGCGGCGUAAGCAGCUUAAUGCUGGCUGCAUACGCGGGAAACAAACAUGUUGUUGAAUACCUGUUAUCUAAUGGGGUUGAUAAACAGCAAACUGAUAAGCUUGGUCGCAACUGUCUGUUCUACAGCGUAUCGGCGGGACAUUUGGAUUGUCUUCAGAUGUUGUUAAACAAAGGUGUUAAGCCACAGCCUGAUUUUUCCGGUGUAACAAUCUUAAUGGAAGGGUGUUACCAUGGUCACACGGCAAUAGUUCUUUUCCUCAUGCAAAACGCGCAAUCUGUCAACAUAAACAUCACUGAAAAGGACAAAAAUGGAAGAAAUGCCCUUUAUUAUUGCUGUGAAGGAGAACAACUUGAACUGUUUGAUACUCUGACAAAGAAAGGAGUGCCAAUUGAAUACGCGGCCGAAAGCAGAAAUCUUCUUAUGCUUUCCGCUUUAAAACCCAAUGUCAAGGUCAUGGAGCACCUUCUCAAAAGUGCCAGAGAUCUGGGUAUAGACAUAAAUGAAAAGGACACAAAAGGAAGAAACUGUUUAUUCUACUGUGCCACUUCGGGUGACGUGUCUGUCUUCCAGCUUCUCAUUAAGUACGGCGUCAAAAUCGAAAACAGCAAUGACGGAGUGUCUCUUUUGAUGCAAGCUUCAGGCAAAGGACAACAAUCCUUGACACAGUACCUUUUGGAUCACGCGGAUACUCUUAAAAUAGACACUUGCGCAAAAGACAAAGACGGCUGGAAUUGUCUGUUUUAUGGUGUCGCUGGAGGACACGUGGAUAUUUGCCGAAAAUUAAUUGCCAAUGAUAUCCCCGUGGAAGAGGCGCUAGAUGGACGUUCCAUUCUUAUGCAGGCUAUUGCAAGAAACGACUCCGAUAUGGCACAGUUCAUUUUGGACAAUCGUCACCUUCUACAAAUUGACUUAAACCAACGCGACCAUGACGGCUGGAAUGCUGCAUUCUACAGCGCGCAAGUGAACAACCUGGAUAUGCUUAAACUUCUCGUGAAAAAGGGUGCACUUCUCACACCUACAGCGGGGGGAACGACAGUUUUAAUGCACUGCGCCGAACGCGGGCUUCUGAACUUCAUCACAUACCUAGUUGACAGAGCUUCUCUUCUUUGCGUAGAACUCUCCGCGAGGGACAAGGAAGGAAACAACGCCCUUUUCUACUCUGUAAAAGGAGGCAAAAUCGAUGCCUGUCAACUGCUUAUAAAACAGGGCAUAGCAGUUGAAUGCAACUUUAAGAACCAAACAAUACUUAUGACUGCUUCAUCUCUCGGACAUAGAGAAAUUGUCAAAUAUUUACUGGAAAAUGAUAUAAUGAUAGGGCUUGAUAUUAACAAAAAAGACGACAACGGCCAAAAUGCCCUUUAUUAUGCGUCGUCGGCGGGAUACGUUGAGAUCUUGGAGUCGUUGCUUCUUAAUGGAGUUGGGGUGACAGACGAUAUCAACGGGAAAAGUUUACUUAUGGUCGCUGCAGAAAAAGGACACGUGAAUGUUCUGGAAUACCUUCUCAAUCACUCUCAAGAACUCGGCUUAAAAGUCAAUGCCACUGACGCAAAAGGCGAAAAUGCUUUGUUCUAUGCUUUGAAAUCUGGUUGCACGUCUUGCAUCAAACUUCUUUUGCGCAACGAAGUUAAAGUGCUGCCAAAUGUUGAAGGCAAGACGAUUCUUGCCAUUUGCACAGAAAGCCAAUACCAAGACAUUCUUCAAGUUAUAAUUGAAUGCAGUUCUAAUGGUGGCAGUUUCGUCAAUUUCAAGGAUGUCCACGGGCGGACAGCGUUGCACCAUAUGGCCAUUAAGGGACAGGUGAACUUAUUGCGUCGGUUUGGUCACAACUAUGACCGCAGAGUAGACUUCGAUGACCAAGGAGAUACUAUACUCAUCUCUGCAUGCAGGAUUGGAAAUAUGAAAGCAGUGAAAUACAUUGUCAGCCAAAUGCAUGUGGAUGUCAACGCUAAGACCAAAGAUGGUAGAACUGCUUUAUUCACUGCAAUUGACAAAAGGGACAUUUGUCUUGUGCAGUUUUUGAUAGAACACGGUGCAACGUUUGACAUAGAUAACGAUGGACGAACCGUUCUCAUGGCGGCCACAGAAACAGGAAGCAUUCAAAUAGUCGAUUACCUCCUGAACCAACUUAAUCUCGCUGUUAGAAAAAUAAAUGUGACGGACGCCAACGGUCGCAAUGUAAUGCACUACUGUGCUCUUACGGGAGACGCCGAACUUCUCUCACUUUUAUCCCUCUACGGCUCCUCCAUCGAUUCACCGGACAACAACUUGGUCACCCCCGCCAUGGAGGCAUGUCGUAACGGACACAUGUUCUUUUUAUCUGCGCUUCUCAAACGCGGCAUCAAAGUGAACGCUGUUGAUCACCAACUGCGAGACGCUCUUCACCACUGCUGUGAAGCAGACGAUCCCAAGUUGACAUGUGUCCGGCUGUUGAUACAGGAGGGCAUCGAUGUCAAUUCAAAAGACAUUAAUGGGGAGACUCCUUUGAUGAAGGUGUGUCGAAGAGGGCUUUAUCUGAUGGCAAAAUGUCUUCUGGACAACGGUGCCGACCCAAUUGCUAAAGACAAGACGGGGAAAGAAGCUCUAGACCACUGCCCAAAAGACGGGAAUAUCAUACAUAAUCUGCUCGAGAAAUACGCAUGCAUGGAUAAACACCACAGGUCAUUGAUAGAGAUGUAUAAGACGGACCUCCUGUCAAUCGUCGAGGUUACCAAGGUGAUCCCCGCACUUCACCAAGCCGGAAUUGUGUCCACGCCCCAUUACAUAUCAAUAAUGCAAAAGUCAUCCCAUGAUGGGCGUAUAGAGCUCCUCCUUGACAUCCUACGUCACCGGGGAUCGCAGGCAUAUGAUGUCUUUUGUCGAGCGUUAUUAGGGGAACCUGAAUAUCAGGAAUUGGCGUACCAGAUGAUGAGUGCUGCAUAUAUCACGCACAAGGAGGUUUAUGUUUGAUUAACUAAAAAUAUUAUCAACAGUUUGUAUUCUUUGUAAGACCCGUAAAUCUGCCGGGACUUAACAGCCUGCAGUGGGAAGGAAGCCUUUUUCUGGGCCCUUGUUACAUGUACCAGCAGAUUUUACAUUUCCAACAGUUCUUAUUUUUAACAGCUAAAAUAUUUUUAGUUUUAAUCUUUAUUUUAAAAGAUUUAAAAGAUGUGUAAAUACAUGACAAGUGAUUCUAGAUCCCCAUAUGUGGCUUCCUUUUCCUACGAAUUCUUUAAGAGACAAAGUACUAAAUGAAAUUACUAACCCUUCUUUUAAAGCAUGAUGGUACAUCAUUUAGAAGCAUUUUGAUAAAAAGAAUAUCCAUAUUACAUACUUUUAUAUUCACAAACUGACAUAGUGGGUGAAUUUUGUAUGAAGAAUUAACAGCCAUGUAUGACUUACAUGUAUAUGUACCAUGUUUUAACAUUUAGAAAUCAUUAGAUGUAAAAAAAAAAAAAAACGGCAUCACGUGUUUGAGCGAAGGUAAUGAAAUUAAUUAGAGAGACAAAUAUUCAAAUAAUUAACUAGGAUAGGAAUUUGGAUAGGAGAGUUUGAAUGCAUGAGUUAAGGAAUUUAACGUUUAAAGCACUCUGGAAAAAGUGUCAAAACUGAAUUGAAAUCACAGAAUUUCGUCUCAAAAUUCCAAAUGUUCGAGAAUUAGAUGCAUUUCAGCAUUACAUGUUCUAUUGGGAAUUGUUUAUGUUAUAUAAGCUGUCAUUUGAGCAUGUUACCAUUUACUCGACGACCGCAAAGAGAGGCAAUUUUCCUUUCUAUUCAUAACUGUUCAUAUUACCGUUCAGAAUAGUAAGAAAAAAGUCAUAUCUUAGACCACAGAUAGCAUAGAAUUUGGCUUUGAAUUACCAUCUAUUUCCUGCUGCCCACGUGCACAUUACAAAAGGCGAAAAACAUGCCAGAUUCCUACAUUACCACAUUUUGCCCACCUCGAAGACAACUGGUUAUUGACAAUACCAGCAAAGACGAACCAAAAGAUUUGUGAAAUUCCUAUUUAUAUAAUGGUAGCAGUAGAUCUCAACGACAUCAAAACACUUAAUAUUGUUUCUUUUAAUCUUGAACAUUCACUUAAUGUUUUUUUUUCUUUUUUCUUGUUAUUCUAUGUAAAAAUAACUGCAGAUAAUUGCUAUAUACAACCAUUUACGAGACGGUAAGCAUUAGAGAAUAUUAAGUAAAUGUAUGUAUGUAUGGUAUGUAAUUAAGUAACAGUUGUUUGUCUGGUACUGGCUGGUCUCUUAGUGAGAGUUUCGGAAAGUAACUUCAUAAAUAAGUAAAUCCAUAAGUGACUAUCAGCAAGUGGCAUUGUCGUUCAAUUAUAUUCACCACGCAACCUACUUGAAAGCCGCCGAACCAAAUUAUUCCACGUUGUGUGCGUUCAUCUUCCAUUGUGCAAGUAUUAAACACAAUUUGCCACUCCAGACCUGUGGAGCCGAGAUGUGUUUUAACGCCCUCAGUAGCAAGAGCUUUUAGUGAAAGUGCUUCGUAAACUACGCCUGGUGGAAUUGGUUAUGGUGAUUGUUUUAACAAGAUAAAUCCCACACAUACCAGCACUUAGCGCCUACCAAGAGAAAUGUAUCUAGGAGAUAAUGCAAAACAAAAUAACAUCCUAAAAAUGACUAACACCACAUGGCGAAUGAUUUCGGUAUAUUGAACCUCUCGUUUUUUCUACAGUUCUGUGUCUCCAGAUACAUGCAGUACAGUAUCGCCGUUGGUUGGCAGACACC